AUGGAUGUUCUUUACUCUCUACUUGAUAUCAAAAAUCAACAACUUCAUAUUAUAGCACAAGAUAAAAUCUUCACAAACAUUCUUAAUUUUGUUCCUAUAUUAUCAACUAAUGAUAAUUCUUCAAUUUCUAAUCGAAAACUUGAUAGAUUUUGUUUUGAAAUAUUACCUCAAAUUCAUCAUAACGUAAAAUGUCUCAUUCUCGAAUCAGUUUCUAUAGAACGUAUUCUUUAUGCUGUUGAAUAUCCUAAUCUUACUCAACUUAAAAUUUUCAAUUUCAAUAAAGAAAUCAUCUCACGUUAUUUUAAAGAUGAUCUACUUAAUUUGAAAUGUUUUUCAUUAAUAUGCUAUAAUGCAACUGAUUUAUAUGACAAUUUAGUUGUACCUCUUCUUCGUCGUAUGUCACAUCUUGAAGAACGAACUUUGCAUGUUUAUAUCUUAAAUCGGCCAACAUUCGUCAAUGGUAUUCAUCUGCAUAAGGAAAUUCUAAUUUAUAUGCCCCGACUUGAUAAACUUACUUUUUAUAUUAAGACAACAAAUGAGAUCAAUGGUUCAAUUCAUCGUCUAUGCAACGAUGAUAUCCAACGAACGUUUUCAUAUACAAAUCAUCGUCCAGUGAUCUCUAUUGUAGAUUAUUUUGGUACUUACAAGGCCGCAUGUCACGUUUUCUCUCUUCCAUUUCCAUUUCAUCGUCUCCAAUGGAUCACAAACAAUUUUCCACCUAUUAUAUUCAGUUCUGUAACUGAUUUGAAAAAUAUUCGAUCUCCAUUGUGGAGCUUUCGUGAAUCUUCUUCAGUUAAUGAUCGUUCAUAUUCAAUUGUUGAAUAUUCUCAUCUGAUUUUACUUGACAUAGAUUUUGUGAAUAUUGAUUAUGUUGAUCAGUUUCUCAAUGAAUCAAAAACACGUCUCCCAUGUUUAACCGAAUUAGUAGUUCAAUUUAAUGCAUUGAAAAAUGUGAGAGAGAAUUUUACAGGAGAUGCUACCCGACGAAAUUGUGCUAAAGUGAAACGAUUAAUUAUUAAAAAUUUAAUAGAUUUUCCGAAAGAUGUCUAUCGCUAUUUUUCUUCAUUGUAA